GCAAAUCCCAACAUAGCUUUCCCUUCCUCUCUGCUCCGGAAAAAAACCCAACCUUUGGCUGACCUCGCCGCGCAUCCAAGAAAGAGCUAGAUCAGGGGGCAGUGUUGGUGGUGCAGGAUGCGGGCGGGGGCGAUGAAGGCGGGGAGCCGGCCGCCGUGGCUGGGGCUCAGCGCCGCGGUGUGGGUGCAGGUGGCGGGGGGAGCCAGCUCCACCUUCGCGCUCUACUCGCACGCGCUCAAGGUCGCGCUCGGGGUCGACCAGAGCCGCCUCGCCAUGCUCGCCGUCGCCUGCGACGUCGGGGACAACCUCGGACUGCUCCCCGGGGUCCUCUGCAACCGCCUCCACCCGGCGGUGCUCCUGCUCAUAGGCGCCGCCGCCUGCGUCCUCGGCUACGGCACCACCUGGCUCGCCGUCUCCGGCAUCGCCCCGGCGCUGCCCUACUGGCUGGUGUGGUUGGCAUUGUGCCUUGCUGCGAACAGCGGCGCGUGGUUGGGAACUGCCGUUCUAGUUACCAACAUGAGGAACUUCCCGCUCAGCAGAGGUGCUGUUGCCGGCAUCCUCAAAGGUUAUGUUGGUCUAAGUGCUGCUGUCUACACUGAAAUAUACACUGGUGUUCUCAACGAUUCAGCUGCGAGCCUUUUGCUUUUGCUCACUCUGGGAGUUCCUGUUGUGUGCCUUCUGACAAUGUACUUUGUGAGGCCUUGCGAGCCCUCCCUGGCGUCCAAUUCUUCAGACCGAGUUCACUUUCUGUUUGCUCAAAUCGGCAGUAUUGUUCUUGGAUUGUAUCUUGUUGGAACCACGAUACUGAAUCAUGUCGUAGCACUUGCUGAUAUUUGGAACUAUUUGAUUCUUGUUGUUAUGACCCUUCUCCUUUUUGCGCCAGUUGCAAUACCCUUGAAAAUGACACUCUUUCCAAGUAACCGUGCAAAAGGCCCGUUGGACUCUUCUGAUGCUGAUAAUGACCACACAGAACCAUUUCUUCUGCCUUCUUCCUCUGGAUCAAAGCUUACUAAUCUAGAAGAUGAUGAUGCCUCAGAUAUCGACAUUCUCUUAGCGGAGGGUGAAGGGGCUGUAAAGCAGACAAGAAGACGACCACAUCGGGGAGAGGACUUCAGAUUUCGCGAAGCACUGCUCAAGGCAGAUUUCUGGCUUCUCUUUGCAGUAUAUUUUAUUGGGGUCGGAUCUGGAGUCACCGUUGUUAACAACUUAGCACAAGUUGUCAUUGCAGCCGGUGCUGUGGACACAACUAUAUCACUCUCUCUGUUCAGUUUCUGCAACUUUUUCGGCCGUUUAGGAGGCGGCGCUAUUUCUGAGUAUCUUGUCAGGUCAUGGAUACUUCCACGGACAGCAUUGGUUGUAUGCACCCAAGUUGUGAUGAUAUUUACAUACCUGCUAUUUGCGCUGGGUCUCUACUCAACACUUCAUGUCUCUGUUGCCUUGCUUGGAAUAUGCUUUGGUAUCCAAUUCUCCGUGAUGAUCUCAACUUCAUCAGAAUUGUUUGGGUUGAAGCAAUUUGGAAAGAUCUAUAAUUUCAUCUCAAUGGGGAAUCCAAUUGGAGCGCUCCUGUUUAACAGUCUUGCAGGCUAUAUUUACGACCUUGAAGUGCAAAAACAGCACUCCACGACGACGGAUUCUGAUGUCGCGUGCUAUGGCCCCAAUUGUUUUGGAUUUACAUUUUGUGUUCUGUCUGGCAUGGCCUGCUUGGGUACAUUGCUGAGCAUAGUUCUGACCGUGAGGAUUCGUCCAGUAUAUCAGAUGCUCUAUGGCGGUGGAUCCUUCAGCGUGCCCAGGAGCUCUGCACAUUGACUGACGGUGAUUGAAGCUCUAAGGUCCACAGAGAUAUGAUGAUCCGAGAGCUUGCUUGAUGAUCUUUUGUAAUUUAUUGCACUUGAAAUAUGAGCACGGGCUCUCAUUUUUGUGCUCUGUAUUGCCAUUCGGGGACCUGGUUCUUUACUAUAGUUCAGAUCUAGAUAUCCGGAUGACGAAUGAGGUAUGGAGUAUCAUAUUUUUGAGUUGUUCGUUAGUGGUUAGUGCAGCAUGAACCCGUAGAAAAUAUAACUGAAUUGCUACGCCUGUAGAGUAGCACUUUGUAAUAUUAUUAUUUUUUGAAUAAAGGGGAACUUCUAUGCAUACGAUAAUUCCA